AUGCAGACGUUUCCCACAGGAUCGAGCACGCACGCAAAGAUGGCCAAGAGGAUGCCUUUCCGAGAUCUGCCCACAAGGCCGAGGAUGGUUGUGCCGCAGUGGUUGCCCAUGAAGGAGGAGAAGGAGACCAAGUACACCCUCAACCUGGUGAACGGUGUCUACCAGAUGCACAAGCAAGAGGAGGAAGCCACCAAUGAGCUGAUCCGAACGUUCGAGUCUAGGGACGACGACGUCUUCGUGUGCACGUUUUGCAAGUCCGGAACGACGUGGGUGCAGCAGAUCAUAACACUGCUGCUCAACAACGGAGAGCAGGGGGAGAAGAACUACACGUCGGUGGUGCCAUGGAUGGAAUCGCUGCUCUUCACCCCAUCAGCGAACCAGCCGCGAGGGCCUGGUCGAGACCACGAGGCCAAGGGCUGGACACUCGAGAAGAUUAAGUCUAACCCUGAAAGGCGCUUCUUCAAGUCGCACGCUAACCUCAAGCAGCUGCCAGUGGGCACUGCCAAGGGGGUGAAGGUUAUCUACGUGGCGCGGAACCCCAAGGACGUCAGCGUCAGUCUGUACCACCACGUCCGCAACAAGCAACGGGACGUAUUUGACGGAGACGAGUCGGACAUGAUCCGCUGCUUCGUUAAGGGAAGAUGCGAAAACGGUUCGUGGUUUAACCACGUGCUGGAGUGGUGGGAGGCAGCUCAGGCGGAUCCGGAGCACGUCCUGUUCCUCCACUACGAGAACUUGCUCAAGGAUCGGGAGGGGAGCAUCCGAAAGAUCGCACAAUUCGCCGGCAUCGAGCACACGCCCGAGACCAUUGCCAAGACGAUUCAAGCAUCCACCAUCGAUGCAAUGAGGCAGAAUGCCAAGGUCAACACCAGGCCCGGCGAGAACCACUUCCGCAAGGGGGGUGCCGGGGGUUGGCGGGACGUGUACACGGUGAGGGAGUCGGAGGCUUUCGACCAGAUCUACAUGGAGCAGAUGGAAGGCACUGGCCUCAAGAUGGAUUUCGGGGAAGGACUCGUCAUGCCCUAG